AAGGUUUCUAAAGCUGCGUAUUGAAAAAGUAACCACUUAAAAUGGAUGUCAUAUCAAAAAAUAAUAUAACAACUUCGGAGGAACGUUCUUCAAAAAGCACCGAAAAACUCAAAAUGCUCGAUAUAACACGUGAUAAACCAGUUAAAAUAGCUGUCAAAGUUGCCGUUCCUGUUCGUGAUCAUCCAAAGUUCAAUUUUGUUGGCAAACUACUCGGUCCUAAAGGCAAUUCUAUGAAACGCCUUCAGGAAGACACAAUGUGCAAAAUGGCAGUACUCGGUCGGGGCUCGAUGAGAGAUCGAAAAAAAGAAGAAGAAUUACGUGCCAGUGGGGAUAGUCGUUAUGCACAUCUUUUUGAGGACCUCCAUGUGGAAAUUUCAACAUUUGCAGCCCCUGCUGAAGCACACGCUAGAAUUGCCUAUGCGUUGGCGGAGGUACGACGGUUUUUGGUUCCGGACUAUCACGAUGAUAUCAGACAGGAACAAAUGUGGGAAAUGCAAGCUCUUACGUCAACACCAACACAAGGGCCCAGCGGUGAUCAAAACAGUCCGAAUGGCGUCACAGAUAUGGACACAUCCAACGACGAACGAACGGAUCUCGAAGCACUGGGCAUGGAUUGCUCAGGAACAGCCGAUAAAAGUGAUAGCAACCAAUCCAGUACGAAUAAUGACAGUCACCAUCAUACGACAGUAUCAAGUGCAGACAGCAUAUCGGCGACUAAUACGACGUCAGGCGGACUUAUCAGCAGCAUUGAAGCAGCUAAUAAAUCAGGAUGGAUGAAGUUGGAGUUCAUAAACUUUAUAGAACACCUUGUCAAACAUACCAAUACCUCCGAGAGCAAUCGAAAAGUGGUCCUUCUUGACAAUCACAUCUCUUUCUUCUAG